AUGAUUUUAGACUUCAUAAAGUCACUUAUUAUGAUUUAUUUUUCUUUGAGUUCAUGCGUUUGGUCACAGACCUUUAAAUUAAAUAGAAAAUAUGUAAAAACGUCAAAAUACCAUUCAGAAUCUUCUCUGUCGGCCUUGAACUUUACAAUAAGAUGCAAUUUUUUAGAUUUUGGUUGUUUUUUUACUCCUUUCCCACGUCGUUCAAAUUCAAAAUCUACCAAGGGAUACUUUCAUAAAAAAAUUAAACGCCAGCUAAAUCUAAUGAGCCAUUACUACGUCACUCCUGCGUUGGAUAUGAACAAAUGGCCACAAUCCGUUGUACAUGGAAAACUAAUCGGUGAAAAAUUAAAAGUUAUACCAAAUUCUUAUAAAAAUAAUCAAAACUUAUCGAUUUCAAUAAAUUCGAUUAUUGCUAAUAACGCUCAUGGUCCGUUGAUAAGUAUAAGCCCCGUUAACAAAAAAUUACUUCAAUCCAUUAAUAAUCCCUCUAUUUACAAAGUUACUGUAAAACCUAUGACUGAAUUUUACGUUCCAACAAAAAGUACUAAUAUCCACCAAUUUACAAGAAGGACAAAUUCCCCAAUAACAAUUCCUGAACCUUACUUCUAUAUCAAUGAAACCAAAACUAUUCCGAAAUCAGUAGAUACAUCCCAAAUACAAAACUUGCAAUGGAACUCAAAUAAUAUGGACAGUAAUUACGACGUAAUGCCUAAAUUUAUGCAAGCACUUGAUCAAUUGGAACGGAAAUUUUAUAAGGUUACAUUUACAAAACUAUCGCAAAUAAGCCCAGUGAAUCGAAGGGAAAAUGGGAUAAGUUUUGUGCAAUCGGGAUUAUUUUUGCAGUUAACUUUAAUGGCUCUUUCUUCCGAAGUCGACCAUGCCACAAGGCAAGAAAUCGAAGAUUGUAUUGGACUUCAACUUUCUGACACGGAAAUGAUAUACACGUUUAACGAAAUAGUUUCAUCUUUACCAAAAUCGAGCGACGCCCUUAAGUUUCGCUUCUCGACGAGGCUGACGUUAGAUGUUAAACCAAACUUACAGCCGCAGUUCGAGCACGGAAUAGCAAACGCUCUUCAGCUACAUCUCAACCGUAUCAAUAGAACUGACACAGCAGAAGUAUUGCGACGGAUCCUUAAUAAAAUGAUUGAAGAGGACUCUGGGGGAGCAAUGCAAGAAACUUUUGCAGAGGACGAAUUAUCUGAGGCCAUUUGUUCAGUACUACUUACAACUAUGUACAUUCGACCCCGUUGGCGUUCCGCCCCCACUGUUCUAAAUGGCACUCACAUCUUCCAUGACGCCGUGGACGCCCCUCAUCGAUCCGCGCGAAUGAUCCGAAUUAAUGAUAUCAUGCAAUACGCCGAAUUAAAUGAAUGGGAUGCAGAGGCUAUAGAAAUCAAUUACGCGACGCCCGGUUUAUCUCUUCUAAUACUAGUACCUCGUGGGCGAUCUCUACGAAAUUUAGCUGCUCACCUAGCAGAAACAAGUAUUCAUCACGUGCUUGAGCGAAUGUAUACACUUCGAGUAGCUGUCACGUUACCUCUUUAUACUCUUCGCAUGACCCUUUUGUUACCAAGCAAACUGCAAUCAAUGGGCAUAUCUCGUCUCGUGGACCUUGGCAAUGGAGAGUGUGAAGAACUGCGACUCUCUCAUGCGGUUCAACGUUUGAUGUUUUGGGCCGAAGCCGGUCGUAAUGCAUUCAAAGACGACGGUAUGGAAUGGGACGAGACUCCUGAAUUAGAGUUAGUAGUUAACCGCCCGUAUAUAUUCUAUGUUCGUUGGCGCAAUAUCACUAUCAUGAAUGGUAAUUUUGUGUUAUAA